GCCAAAAAAGGACCUAAUGAAUGACGAAGUAGUUGAUACUUUUUCUAAGAAAAGAUGUUUAGCAUGGUUUCAAGAAUACUCUGGCUCUGGUUAAUGAAAAUGGGGUUAAUUAUUCAGUGCUUGGCCUAGAAUCUGGUUUAAUAUACAAACGUAUAAUUCUUCAGCAACUAAACCAAUAUAUCUUAUUGAUUCAGCUGUUCUGACUCUUCUUACCUGUUCUGCAAAAUACUUGCCCUGGAAACAACAGCAUGUUAUGGAACUGGGACCAUAACUUAUUGGAAGGAGCAGAUGAUGAUGUGAUUUGUCCAGAAGGUAUGGAAAAAUUCUGUGAAGAUAUUGGAGUAGAACCAGAAAAUAUUGUAAUGUUGGUACUUGCUUGGAAGCUUGCAGCUAAAAGUAUGGGAUUUUUUACAUCCCAAGAAUGGCUCAAAGGAAUGUCAGAACUACAAUGUGAUACAACUUCAAAAUUACGUAAGAAGUUAGAUUUCAUCCGGUUAUAUCUCAAUGAUCAAGUACAUUUUAAAAGUAUUUACCGAUAUGCCUAUGAUUUUGCUAAGGACAAAGACCAGAGAAGCAUGGAUAUAGAAACUGCUAAAGCAAUGUUAUCACUGUUGUUAGGGAAACAUUGGACAUUGCACAGCUCUUUUCAUCAAUUUCUAGAGCAAUCAAAAUACAAAGUUAUAAACAAGGACCAAUGGUGUAAUAUAUUGGAAUUUAGUCGAACAAUCUACCCAGAUCUUUCAAACUAUGAUGAAGAUGGGGCUUGGCCUGUAAUGCUGGAUGAGUUUGUUGAGUGGUUAAAGGAACAAAAUUCGUUUCGCAGUUGAUAGAGCUAAGUUUUGAAAAUAAUCAUAUGAGCUUUAACCUGAACUUGGACAUUUUGUUUCUUCAAAGGUCUGUACAGUAUAUAACUAAUAAAGUCCACUAUGUAAACCAAGCCUAAGAAAAUAUAGGAAUUUCUCCCUUUCUACUGGAUCAGACAAUGUACUGAAGUUCAAAAUGAGCUCAAGUGUUACUUUAACGAAAAAAAGAAAAAUUAUUCUUGUUUUCUUCAUGUUUGUAUUCUUGAAAACAAAGCAUUUAUAAUUAAUGCAUUCUAUGAAUGGAAGCAAUAUAAGCUCAUAUUUCUUUAAUUU